UCGAGACAGAGAUAAUACCCGCUCCCUCAGUAUGAAAAAAUACUCGAACUCUGACUCAGCCAUUACGUCGUCUUUCUGCACUUUAACGACCCUCCUUUUUGAUUCCAUUUCUUGCGAUAACGAUCCCAAAUCUUCGAAGAAGUUCAAAAUUUGCGGUAGUUAUGGGUAAUUGGAGAAUCAAAUUGCUGAAUUCUUAUGCUAAAUUGUCUAAUUCUUCUGCUACAACUGUUUUCCAGCAAUCGCGAUUCCGAAGCUUUUCUUCCUUCAACACGCAAACGCAAUCACGAUUACAGAAUGUGGGUUUCAUUGGAUUGGGAAAUAUGGGAUCACGCAUGGCUAUGAAUCUUCUCAACUCAGGAUUUAGUGUCUCUGUCCAUGACAUAAAUAGGGAUGCACUAAAGCUAUUUUUGGAUAAGGGUGUUGCUAUCAAGGAAACACCCAAAGACAUAGCAGAAGCAAGUGAUGUUGUCAUUACAAUGCUUCCUUCAUCCUCUCAUGUCUUGGAUGCUUAUAUGGGGUCUAAUGGUUUGCUUCAUUGUCGCAGUUCUCUGCGACCAUGGCUAUUUAUUGAUUCCUCUACCAUUGAUCCACUAGUGUCAAGAAAACUCUCUCAGUCUGUUUCUGGUUGUGGCUUAAAGGAAAAGCUAGAUUGUCUGGAGAAGCCUGUGAUGUUAGAUGCACCUGUUUCCGGUGGUAUACUUGCAGCAGAAUCUGGAUCCUUGACCUUUAUGGUAGGAGGCCCUCAGGAAGCCUACCGGGCAGCUGAAGCAUUGUUUCUUUCCAUGGGAAAAGCAUCUAUUUAUUGUGGUGGAGCAGGAAAUGGCUCUGUUGCAAAGAUAUGCAACAAUCUGGCGAUGGCUAUUAGCAUGGCUGGGGUGUCAGAAGCCCUUGCCAUUGGUCAAUCUUUGGGAAUUUCUGCUAGUACUCUGACUAGGAUAUUUAAUUGUUCAAGUGCUCGUUGCUGGAGUAGUGAUAAUUAUAACCCUGUUCCAGGGGUGAUGGAUGGAGUUCCUUCAUCAAGGGAUUAUCAUGGCGGUUUUGCGUCUAAACUUAUGGCGAAGGACUUAGAUCUUGCUGCUGCUUCGGCAAAGGAAGCCGCCGUCAAACAUCCAUUGACAUGUAAAGUGCAAGAGAUAUACCAUGAACUGUGUAAAGAAGGCAAUGAAGCAAAGGAUUUCUCGUGCGUUUACCGCCUUUUUUAUGGAGGAAAGGAUGAAUCUUUACAUUGUGAAUAAUCGACAGCCGAAGGUUCUGUUAUAAAUAGCUUAUGUACUUGGAAUAUUGUUUUAUACUUAGCUUAUGUACUUGAAGUGAUGAUAGCAGUUUACAAUUGUUAGGCAUGAACUUGCAAUGAUGAUAACAGUUGCUAUUCUAAAUGGAUUAUGUGAUUAUGUGCACCUGCCAAUAGUUAGGCAUGAACUUGAAAUGAUGAUAGCAGUAUUGUAAUGGUUAUACGUAGCGAACAUGUAAACUUGUU